AUGGAAGGAGACUUAGGGAACAGAUACUUUACAUGCGAGGCAUAUAAGAAUGAUGGCUUCUACUGGCGUGUUCCUUGGUUUUACGGAGUUGAGGAAGAGUUCGACAAGUUAAGGGAAGAGAUACAUGAGCAUCAGGCUAAGCAGAGUCAAAACCUGUUAAAUCUUGAAACACAAUUGAAGCAAAUGAGUAAGGAGCUGAAAAAAACAGCGUGGAAUGUUUGCAAAACUGAAGGACGUAGUUGA